GGGUGGGUUGAAAAAGAAAAAAAAACACGAAGAGAAACAAAAGCACAGUUGUGGGUACCUGAAACCAUGCGAGAUUCGCACUGUUCUCAAAGACCGCUGCUCUAUCCGUGGACCAUGUCGUGAGGUGUGGCUCCAGCGCUCGGGAUACUGCCAAUAGAUACGCCUGGGAGCGGGGCAAAAGAUGUCCGCCUCGGUAGGGCCCCAGAGCGGCCCUCGCCCACCCACCGUGCCGGCUCCCAUGCCUGAUAUGCCGGACUUGAGUCAUCUCACGGAGGAGGAAAGGGAAAUCAUCAUGGCAGUGAUGGUUCGGCAAAGGGAGGAAGAGGAUAAGGAACAAGCCAUGCUAAAGACACUGCACCAGCAGUUUGAGAGUUAUAAGGAGCAGGUGAGGAAGAUUGGGGCAGAAACGAAACGACAGCAGGCUGUCCAUAAAGAUGAUGCACCUACAUGUGGCAUCUGCCGUAAGACCAAGUUUGCAGAUGGCUGUGGGCAUCUGUGUUCCUACUGCCAGACCAAGUUCUGCGCCCGCUGUGGGGGAAGAGUGUCGCUGCGCUCAAAUAACGAGGAUAAAGUGGUGAUGUGGGUAUGUAACCUGUGCAGGAAACAGCAGGAAAUCCUAACUAAAUCAGGAGAAUGGUUUUCAUCAGGGCCUGGGGGGAGGCCUCUUAGUGUGGGCGCUCCCCUCAGUGUCCCUGAGUUGGAGAAGGACAGGAAGUUGCGCUCCAGAUCACAGGCUCCGGUCGCUAACGACACUCUGCCACCCAGCGCUGGUGCUGGUGACCCCACCAAGGGAGCAGAGACGAUGCCCGCUUCACGCUCCCGCAGUGAACCACCACGAGACAAGAAGAGACCCGUGUCCCUGCACGAGCAGAAUGGAAAGGUGAUGGGACGUGGAGAGAGAAGGCGAGGCCCAGGCCGGUUGUCAUCACAGGUCUCUGAAGAUCGAGCUCCAGGUGAGAAGCGUGACAGCAGACGGUUGGAGAAAGGCCACUCGCAGGAAUACCCAGAAGAUGAGCCCACCCAUCCCGAGCGGCGAAGGAGACAGGAAGAGGAAGAGCGAGAGCGUCAAAGACAAAGAGAGGAGGAAUAUCAGACUCGGUACCGCAGUGACCCGAACCUCGCCCGCUACCCUGUCAAGCCGCAGAAGGAGGAACAGGAAAUGCGUAUGCAUGCCAAAGUGUCCAAAAUGCGUCAGGAGCGCCAUCACAGCGACCUAGCCAUCAACGAAGUUGGAUUAAUGCAAGAUGGGGGUGAGGUGGCUGGAAAUCGCAUGAGCAGGCAACGAGUGGCUAACAACGAAGACCGCAAGGCCCUUAUAGAAAACCAUCGAGCUUAUUCUGUGGACAGGACCGUGGGGGGUGGCAUUGGGGGACAAGGAUCCCUUGCUAAACAGGGCCACGGUGGCCCUCAAAUGGGCCCUACUGGGCCCCCAGACCUCAGGGACGGACAGGACUGGGGCCCAAAGGGGCAUCUUGAACCUGGGUCCGCAGCUUUUCUGCACAGGGCUAAGCGGGAAAAGGCUGCAGAAAUUAUGCGUAAAGAUUCUUCUCUUAGCUCGGACCAGUCUGAGUCGUUACGGCCACCUCCACCUAGAGCCUAUAGACCCAAACGAGGCCUCAACAAAAGGCAGAUGUCCAUCAGUAGUUCGGAAGAAGAGGGCGGCUCCACACCUGAAUACACCAGCUGUGAGGAUGUGGAGAUCGAAAGUGUUAGUGAAAAAGGUGACUGGGACUGUCAUCCUCUGGACCCAGCUGUGUGGCAUCAUCCAGUGAGCUGGCAGCCAUCUAAAGAGGGAGAUCAUUUGAUUGGCCGCAUCACUCUAAGUAAGCGCUCCACCAUGCCACGAGAAGCUGGUUCCCUGCUGGGUCUGAAGGUGGUUGGUGGAAAAAUGACAGAGUCAGGGAGACUGGGGGCCUUUAUCACCAAAGUAAAGAAAGGAAGUUUGGCUGACAUUGUAGGCCAUUUACGAGCAGGCGAUGAGGUGUUACAGUGGAAUGGAAAGGCGUUGCCUGGAGCAACUAAAAAGGAAGUGUACAAUAUUAUUCUAGAGUCCCAGUCAGCGCCUCAAGUGGAAAUAGUUGUUUCCAGACCAAUUGGAGAUACACCAAGACUUCCAGGAACAUCACAUCCUCCUCUAGAAUCAACUGGUUCGAGUUCUAUAGAUGAAUCCCAAAAGAUGGACCGUCCAUCCAUCUCUGUAAUGUCACCGACUAGUCCUGGGAUGUUGAGAGCUCCUCUUGUACUGCCAGGCCAGCUGUCGGUGAAAUUAUGGUAUGAUAAAGUGGGCCAUCAGCUUAUUGUCAAUGUCCUACAAGCACGAGAACUGCCCCCUCGACCAGACGGACGACCCAGAAAUCCCUACGUCAAAAUGUAUUUUCUUCCUGAUAGAAGUGACAAGAGCAAGAGACGGACGAAAACGGUGAAGAAGAGCGCAGAGCCAAAGUGGAACCAGACGUUCCUGUAUCCUCACGUCCACCGUAGAGACUUCAGAGAGCGCAUGCUGGAGAUCACUGUUUGGGACCAGCCCAGAGUCCAGGAGGAAGAAAGUGACUUUCUGGGAGAGAUUCUGAUCGAGCUGGAAACGGCUUUAUUGGAUGACCAGCCACACUGGUACAAAUUGCAGACCCAUGAUGUGUCGUCCCUACCAUUACCCCAGCCGUCUCCCUGCCUCCCUCGCAGACAUGUUCAUGGAGACAGUCCUAGUAAAAAACUGCAAAGAUCUCAUCGCAUCAUUGAAACAGAUUAUGAUGAUGGUAUAACGGUAGUGUCCUCAGCAGCAGAGAGGAACUCCAGAGACAGGGAGAGGUCAAGCACACUGACCGUACCUGAGAGACAGGUGGCCAUACAGCAUCGCUCGCGGUCAGUAUCUCCACACAGAGAAGACCAAUGCAGAGCCCGCUCUCGACCUGCACACGUCCCUAUGCAGAGGAGUCUGGAUGAGAUCCACAAAAACCGCCAUCAUUCCUACUCUCCCUCUCACUACCACGACUCCCACCAGGAACAUCGCUCCGGAGAUUCUGACUAUGAAUAUUCAGAAGACAGCGAGGUCCUGGAGAUGCACAGAUCAAUCCGAGGUGGGAGUGCUGAGUGCCUGCAUACAAACAGCUCUACCCUCCCUGCAUGCUUAAAGAACAAACCGUCACGGCGAACAGAGAGGGAUGGUGUUAUCCCUCUUAGUGCCAUUCCACAGCGUGUUCUCAGGUUCACAGAUGAGGUCAGCUCUGGUGAUCUUCAGCCUUCAUUAGACAGAGUAAGAAGUGCCAGUACGACUUGUUUGAGACCAGAGUCAAACUUCCACUCACCUGAAAGAGAAAGGCAUUCUGGCAAUUUGGAUAGGCCAAGCUGUCAGAUAGCUAACAAGAAAUCCAUUGAUGGCGACAGACUUCAGCCCACCUCUAUCCUCAGGGGUGGCAGGAGGAGGAGAGAGCCUCCCCUCAGGCCCUUUGGCCAGACCAGCUUAGGGGGUUCCUGCCCUAACUCCCCACGAGCUGACAGAGAACUUCAGCAUGGUGGACAUUAUUCCCCGGCAGGGACCACGUCAUUAGGGCGCAGGGGCAGACAGCUGCCACAACUCCCUGCAAAGAGCAGCAGUAUAGAGCAAGACCAUGUCAACAGUAAACCUGAGGAGAAACCUAACUCAGCACUGGCAGUGGAAGAGCGGGCUCGUCAGUUGCAAAUGAGAGUACAUUCCUAUCGGCCAGGCUCUUCUGCCAACUCUGGUCACGACCCAGAGGCAGAGCUCAAAAACAGGAGAGAUAUGUAUAAGGAUCAGAGGAGGAGUUGUGAUAACAUGUCUGCGAGGUCGUCAGACAGUGACAUGAGCGAUGCAUCAGCUAUCUCCCGUGCCAGCAGUGCCUCACGGCUGAGUGCCACCAGCUACAUGUCCAUUCAGUCUGAGAGACCACAUGGGAGAAUCAGGUCGAAGUCGUUGGAGAGUUGUAAAGGAGAUGAAAAGAAGGAGAGAAGGAUUUCAUGGGGGGUGAAUGGAACAGACGACAGGAGGAGUCUAGGAAAGAGACGUUUCUCUGAGGAGCUUAAACGCAGACGUCAUACGGUGGCUGGAGAUGUGAGUCGACAAGUCAGAGCCUCAUCUGGUCGAAGCGUGAGCGGUGACAUCAACACGUCGGAGCGAACAGACGGCAGCCAGUCUGACACUGCCCUGGGAACAGUUGGAACCGGAGCGAAAAAGCGCCGCUCCAGCCUCAAUGCUCGAUUCGUGGCUAUCGUGGGAAACCGUCGCAGCCGAAGCACCUCACAGAUCAGUCAAACGGAGGCAUCUAACAAGAAGUCAAAGGGCAGUCAAGGGACGAUCCAGCGCAGUCAGGAGACGGGAAUGGCUGUGGAAUUGCAGAGGAAUAUGAGUCGUCAACCCAGCCGUGAAUCUAACAACGGAAGCAUGAACAGCUACAACUCUGAGGGCAGUCCAAUCUUCCCAGCAGUUCGAGUCGAGACUCAGUUCAGUGACUUCCUGGAUGGACUGGGCCCUGCUCAACUAGUUGGUCGACAAACCCUUGCCACACCAGCAAUUGGUGACAUUCAGAUCGGCAUGGUGAAUAAGAAAGGCCAGCUGGAGGUGGAGGUGAUAAGAGCACGAGGUCUCAUCCAAAAACCAGGGUCCAAAUCACUCCCCGCUCCAUAUGUCAAAGUCUAUCUUCUACACAAUGGGGCGUAUGUAGCUAAGAAGAAGACAAAAAUUGCACGCAAGACACUCGACCCGCUGUACCAGCAAACGCUGCAGUUUGAAGAAAGUCCACAGGGUAAAGUGUUACAAGUAAUUGUCUGGGGAGAUUAUGGGCGAAUGGACCACAAAUCCUUCAUGGGAGUUGCACAAAUCCUACUAGAGGAGCUGGACCUCUCCAGCAACGUGAUUGGCUGGUACAAACUUUUCCCGCCUUCUUCCCUAGUCGACCCAACUCUUGCCUCUCUAACUCGACGUGCUUCUCAGUCAUCCCUGGACAGUUCGCCGGCACCUGCGGGGGUUCGAUCGUAGUGGACUAAUAACAUAAAGCACAGUCUGAGAGACAACAGGACAACAAUAAGAGCCAGGCAGAAAAUGCGAUGAAAUAACACAAAGCUUUGUUAAAAUCUGACAAUCACUCCUGUGACUUUGUUUUUGUUUUCCUCUUUGUGGGUAGCCCGUGUUCUGCCAAGUUUGUUUGUCCGAAAUGAAAUCGUUUGUUUCUCUCACUCUUUGUCGCGUGAGACUUAGGGCUGUCUACACUAGCACGCGGGAAGCACCGCUUUAGGGCGACAUAGAAAGCAAGGUGAUAUUCAGUCAAGUCUUCAUCGAAAUGUACGUUAGCUAGUUUUUAACAGAGCAUCAGAAUGUAUCAACCCAAAAACAAUGGUGACCUCUGACCAAGGGAUUGUGGGGCCUCGGUCGAGGCCCUAUCUAGACCCUGUUUGUACUGAAAGUGAAAGGUCAGGAACUUGAAAGACGUAGGGUGUCCCCUGGGGAGGUUGUCUGGAAGGGCAGGGCCUUUCUUGGUGCCUAAACCUGGAGGACCCAAAGCCAUGGUCCAUUUCCUCCAAAAAAGUUCCUCUGUUUUCAACGUAUGUGACAGCUAACGGAGGCCGCUCUCGUCGUUUAUUUAGCUUCUUCUUUUUUUGAACAUCUCUAGCACGUUUUAUGAAAAACAACAGGUUUGUGUUGUCCAGUGUACUGUGAAAAUGACAGGAAAUGCUAAAAAUGAAAUCGAAGACAACGUAUCUGGAAAUCUACUUUUAUUAACUGAAACUAUUACAUUAUCCUACAGUACGUUGCAGUACAUCAUCUUAUUCAGUCAAUUGAAUUUGAUUUUUAGAUGUUUACACUUAUCAUUAAAUGCUAUUAAAAAGUAGAGAUUUAGUUCAUGAAAAAGACUAUGUACCAAGAUAAACAUAUUUGUGUACUUGUACAUUUUCCAAUUUAGGGUCUUUGGUAAAGGAAAUCUAUACAAUUAUGUUUUCAUCUGUCGAGUAAAUCUUGAUACAGAGUUUUUCAGACACUAAACUAACUUUUUAACUUCGUUUGAUGCUAAGUGUUUGUGUAGACGUACAUUUCUCUUUUUAAUAGGCUAUAUGUGGUUUAGCAAAAGCCACUUUCAACUUAUACUGUACCACUCUGAGGUCACACGAUUGGCCCGAGCCCUUGCACAUACGUCUUUAUUUUGAAUUAAAAAUGCAAGCACAAAAGCUUGAUUUUUCGAUUUAAAAAAAUCUAUACAUAAAAAAAUGUAUCAAAUCAAGCCAACUAGCUUGUUAACUUAAUUUCCACUUUGUGUACUUUACAGAAAACAGAGAAAAGAGUCAUGCAAAUGCAAAUUCCUCUUGUGUGUCUCUGUAAAUGUUGAAGUGACCAAUCCGAUUUUUCCAUCACAAGCAUAAACACCAAUCAUCUAUCAGGCCACUGGCCCCUCCCUCCAGUGCGGCGGAGCAGCAUGACUCGGAUCAGUUCCCAGCUGCAUGCACAUUUUUGUAAAACAGACUACACAAAUGUUAAAAAGUAACAGAAAUAGAUAUGUGUUAGUUCAACAUACUGUAGGCCAGCUUGUAUGUUGCAUGUACCUGUACAGUUUGCUUGUACUUGAAUAUAAGAGAUAAACCAAGAAAAAGAAGCCAUUUGCUUUCACUCAGACUUUUCAGAUCAGCUAAAAAACUAGUUCAUGUCCUCCAUUCGGUGCUGAAUGUUGCAACAUUUUUUCUUUCCAUUUUUCUUUCUUUUUUUUUUUCAAGUUUUUGAUUAUUGCUUUUUAGUCUUUUAUAUCCCUUAGGGGAAAAUGUGCUGUACUGUAACACUGAACAAAAACUAACCUCCCUCAUGUUUUACAGAUUUUACUGUAUCAUAAUUUACCUCAAAACCACAGAAAUUAACCUAGAAAAUGUGUAUACAUCCCAUCAAGUUAUUCAAGAGUAUACCGAUAUCAAAACAGGAAAUGUCAAAAAUAUAUCAUACAUACAUAACAGUAUCCAUGUUAAAUAUAAAUGUAGAUGCACAGAGACUUAUUAGCGCAUGUGUUGUAAAUAUGAGAUGACCAUGUGGUUAAGCCAUAUUUGCAAAGGGGCCAAGGCUUACUUUUGAGAACAACCAUCCCAAUACGAGGGACCGCUGAGCGGACACCUUUCUUAUCAUAUGGGUCCAAAUCUAGAGCUCUCACUGUCACUUUUAGAGGGCCGAACCACUCCGCUCUAAAGCUGUAGCCAGAUCGUCAUAUUCUCUGUGCUUUCGAGCCAAAUUCUUCACCUCUGCUAUCAGAACAUUUUGAUUGUUUUUCUUCAUGAGAGGCAGGUGUUUCUUUUACUUGAUCAGUAUUCUUGGGUAGAGGAGAAAAACAAUGCUGACUGUUUACAACUUCUAGUAUGUGUUCCACUGAGAUGAUGAAAAAGAAAAAGUAUUCACUGCAACAUUUCUGUUUGUAUACAGGUGUGGCUCAUACGAUGUGUAUGUUUUAUAUUUAAAAAAAUGAAAAAAGUUCAUUUUUAUUAUUUCCAAAUAAUAAAAAAAAGUGUGUGAAAGAAA